CGAGUGCGGACGUGUUUUCCUAUUCUGUUCUAUUCGUGCGCUGCGCGGUGGCGGAGAGUCGAGGGAAAACUGCAAAAAAAAAAAAGGGAAAAUCUGCUUCCGAUGCGAAAAAGGGAAAACCUCAAAUACGAAACCCAAGCCAAUUAACCAAAUCAAUUUUUAAACAAUCCCUAGGCAAACAUAAGUGAGAAUUAACUAAAGUGCAUUUAACUAUACCCCAAAGUAACCGCAAAACGAAAGUGUCCCCAAGUCUCCGAUUUAUAUUUAGAUAGAGUCCGGUGUUCGUACUCGUAUAGCCCGUAGUUAAUCAAAAAUGUGCUUGUCGGCCGAUGCUAAUGAGUUGGCGGGGGCUCAGGUAAAUGGAGCUAACUGAUUGAGCAAAGAAAAAGGGUGUGAACGCAGCCGCCCCCAGCCAUACAAAUCGAUAAAGAAUUUAAAAAUAAAUAUCCCAACGACACCCAACGCUCUAUUGUUGCGCCGCAAUCAUAACGCGUAAUCCAUGCGAUUCGGUAGCAGAAAACACACUGCCAAAGUAACCCCCAGAACCACCGACUAGAGGGCAUCAUCUACAGCUUUAGUCUAACCAAAAACCAAACUCAAGAUAACCGAAAGCGAAACGUUAACGAGCAUUUAAGAGGUCACUCAGAGGCAGCAAGAGUGGCAGUACAGCCACCAGUAACACACCACUAGCCAGUCGCAGUAACUGGGUCAGUAGGCAGACUGCCUGCCAUCGAGGGCUUCCUCCUUGCAUUCACCUUCUUUGCGCUUCCCAACGACCCUGGACCAUGAACUCCUCGAGUGGUGACGAUGAGGCGCCCAAGGACCCGCGCACCGGUGGCGAGGACUUUACGCAACAAUUUACAGAGAACGAUUUCGAGGGACAUCGCGCACACACCGUCUAUGUGGGUGUCCAUGUGCCAGGAGGCAGACGCCAUUCCCAGCGCCGCCGCAAGCAUCAUCACAGCGGUCCCGGAGGAGGCGGAGGCGGAGGUGGUGGCGGCGGAUCCGGCGGUGGCUCCGGCAGCAUGGGAGGUGGCGUCUCUAGCAAGGACAGUGGCAGCGAGAAGCAACAGGAAGUGGAGCGUCCAGUUACACCGCCCGCACAACGUGUGCAAUUCAUACUCGGCGAGGAUGUGGACGAUGGGACACAUGUAUCGCAUCCUUUGUUCUCGGAAAUGGGAAUGCUGGUGAAGGAGGGCGACGAGAUCGAGUGGAAGGAGACGGCGCGCUGGAUCAAGUUCGAGGAGGAUGUGGAGGAGGGCGGCAAUCGGUGGUCCAAGCCCCACGUGGCCACACUAUCCCUGCACUCGCUGUUCGAGCUGCGACGCCUGCUGGUCAACGGCACCGUUAUGCUGGACAUGGAGGCUCACAAUCUGGAGGUGGUGGCCGAUCUGGUCUGCGAUCAGAUGGUCAGUGUCGGCAGCCUGCCCCCCGGCGUCAAGGACAAGGUCAAGGAUGCCCUGCUGCGUCGCCACAGGCAUCAGCACGAGUAUGCCAAGAAGACGCGACUACCCAUCAUUCGAUCCCUGGCCGAUAUGCGCAACCAUUCGUCAUCGAAAAUGGAAGAACAGUCUGGAAACGCUUUAGGGGCCACCACGCCGGUAUCUCUAGCGGCGAGUGAACCGGGACCGCCUGGCACCAAUGGCAAUGCGAGCCUAACCAACACUGGCGGCGGCAUGGGCCGUUUUCUAGCAGUGCCCGGAAAGCCCAGCAACAGAACGCUCGAGGAUAUGGUGAAGAGUCCCAGCAGCCAGUCGAUGGCACGUCCGAGCAGCGGCACGGAGCUCAACGAGCAGCAGCACAAGGGCAACACACACUUUAUGAGAAAGAUCCCUCGUGGUGCGGAGGCCAGCAAUAUUCUGGUUGGCGAAGUGGACUUUCUGGAGCGAACCCUCUCCUGUUUCAUCCGCUUGAGCCAGGCAGCGCUCAUGGGUGAUCUGACAGAGGUUCCAGUGCCCACAAGAUUCAUCUUCAUUUUGCUUGGACCGCCUGGUAGUCAGAGCAAUUUCCAUGAGAUUGGACGAGCCAUGGCUACCCUGAUGUCGGAUGAGAUCUUCCACGAGGUGGCCUAUCGGGCACGCAAGCGAGAGCAUCUUCUGGCCGGCGUUGAUGAGUUCCUCGAUGCGGUCACCGUUUUGCCACCUGGCGAGUGGGAUCCCACAAUUCGCAUUGAACCGCCAGCAGCCAUACCCUCGCAGGAUGUGCGCAAGCGACCACCAGAGCUGCCAAAGGAGGAGAUCGACGAGGAGGAGGAGGAGGCGAGACUGAGGGAAGAGUCUGGUCUCUCACGGACAGGUCGUCUCUUUGGCGGUCUGAUCAACGAUGUGAAGCGAAAGCUGCCCUGGUACUGGAGCGACUAUCGGGAUGCUUUCUCCAUGCAGUGCGUGGCUUCGUGGAUCUUCCUGUACUUUGCCUGCCUCUCGCCAAUCAUCACGUUCGGAGGCCUCUUGUCGGAGGCCACCGGCAAGCAUAUGGCAGCGAUGGAGAGUCUGGUGUCGGGGUUCGUCUGUGGCAUGGGCUAUGGCAUCUUUUCGGGUCAGCCGUUGACAAUAUUGGGUUCCACCGGUCCAGUACUGGUCUUUGAGGCAAUUAUCUAUGAGUUUUGCACUAAAAUGCAAUGGGAUUAUAUGACAUUCCGGUUCUGGAUCGGAAUGUGGGUGUCCGGAAUUUGUAUCGUCCUGACUGCGAUAGAUGCCAGUGCUCUCGUCUGCUACAUAACCCGCUUCACCGAGGAGAACUUUGCCACCCUGAUUGCGUUCAUCUUCAUCUACAAGGCCAUCGAGAAUGUGGUGGUCAUCGGGAAGAAUUUCCCCGUCAAUCAGGGCAUAUACGAUUGUGUUUGCAUACCGCCGCCAGGUAGCAAUGCCAGUGUUGUGGAGUAUGCCAAAUACAACUGGAAUUAUUGUGAGCCGAACAAUGGCACACUGAUUGGUGGCGACUGUGGUACACCACCCACCGAGAAUGUCUUCCUCAUGUCGGUGGUUCUGUGCACCGGCACCUUCAUCAUUUCCACCAUUCUGAAGGAUUUUAAGAACGCCCUGUUCUUCCCCUCGGCUGUGCGCCAGUACAUAAGUGACUUUUCCGUGCUGAUUGCCAUCUUUGCCAUGACAUUCUUCGACUACUCGUUGGGUGUGCCCACACAGAAGCUGGAGGUGCCUGCAGAGCUGAAGCCCACGCUGGACACGAGGGGUUGGCUCAUUCCACCUUUCAGCGAGAGGAAUCCCUGGUGGUCGCCCAUCAUUGCCGUGUUCCCUGCUCUCCUGGGAACCAUUCUAAUCUUCAUGGAUCAGCAGAUCACUGCUGUGAUUGUCAAUCGCAAGGAGAACAAAUUGAAGAAGGGCUGCGGCUACCAUUUGGAUCUGUUUGUUCUCUCAAUUCUUAUUGCCAUUUGCAGUGUGAUGGGUCUGCCAUGGUUCGUGGCUGCCACUGUUUUGAGCAUCAACCAUGUGAAUUCAUUGAAACUGGAAUCGGAGUGCUCGGCCCCUGGCGAGAAGCCACAGUUCCUGGGAGUACGCGAGCAGCGUGUGACACACAUCAUGAUCUUCCUGACGAUAGGUGGUUCUGUGCUGCUGACACCGCUGCUCGGUCACAUUCCCAUGCCGGUGCUGUUCGGUGUAUUCCUUUAUAUGGGCGUGGCCUCGCUCAAGGGUCUGCAGUUCUUCGAUCGCAUAUUGAUCAUGUUCAUGCCAGCCAAAUACCAGCCAGAUUACAUGUUCCUGCGACAGGUUCCCAUCAAGCGAGUUCAUUUGUUCACCAUCAUACAGCUGGCCUGUCUGAUCAUACUCUGGCUGAUCAAAUCCUUCUCGCAGACCUCCAUUCUCUUCCCCCUCAUGCUGGUGGUGAUGAUUGGCAUACGCAAGGCCCUCGAUCUGGUUUUCACGCGUCGCGAGCUGAAGAUCCUCGACGACAUUAUGCCGGAGAUGACGAAGCGAGCGGCCGCCGACGAUCUGCAUCAAUUGGACGCUGAGGAUAAUCACCAUCAGCAACCGCCUGGGGCGGGUACUGCCACAGGAGCCAACUAUAAUCCCAAUAGUGCGGGUCCAACCACCAUACACAUUCCUCUCUCUGGCGGCAAGCCGGGAUCGGGCAAUGGACCGGGCAUAAAUAUACCCCAGGAGGCGGUGAAUCGCACCACAGUCUGGCAGCAGAUCAACAAAGAUGGGAAUGGCAUCUCCGAGCAGCUCAUCAUACCGGUGACCGUCAAAGUUCGUCAAAUCAAUGGCAAUCAUGCCACAACAAAUGCCGCCGUCCUCUCGCCACGCCUGUCACCCAUGCACGAGGCGGAUGAGAACGAGGUCACCAUCAAUCCGACGAAUCCACAACAGAUCAACAACUGCAAGGAGGCGGCAGCCAAACUCGAUGGAUCCAUGCUCGCCAGCCAGAAUCCAGCCAAUAUAACACCCGUCUAAGGUCUGCCGAUCAGAUCAGAUCGUCUAAGGAAACAGAAAACAAUUUUAUACCAAAAAAAUGGACAUAGCACACACUCAAACACACACACACAUCCAAUGUAGUAUUUCAUAGUUCAUCAUAGAAAUAGUAGCAGUAUCAUAGUCUCUAUAAAGAGUGGAAAGUCAGUUUCGGCAGGUGUCUCCGCUGAAUUUUUUUUCACUUUACUCCCUCUAUUUAUCCAACAUAUAGUAGUAGUUUUUUCACCAGAAACAUUUUGGUAAAGAUUUUCAGCUGUACCCAGAAGCCAACAAAAUCCAUUUGAUUUUUGGGAUCAGGUACAAGUUAGACAAGUAUUAUUUAUAAAUAUGAUAAUUGUAGUAACCCAAACCAUUACACGUAUGCACUUUUGAGGCGAUUUUUUAUAGCGACGAUUGUCAAUUCCAAACAAACAAAAACUGAUCGGAUCGAACAGGUCCCCGAGACUUCGGUUCCACCGAAGCAGAACCAUUUUUUCCUAUAUGCAUGUACGUGCUUCUCUUUUGGCUGGGUUAAUUCUGUGUUACGUGGGGGGAGGGGGAGUUUGUUGAGCUGUGAUCUGAUGUGCAUUUUUGGGUGGGGAUUAUAGAAGAAGAAAGCCACUCAUUUAGCACUCUAGCCAAGACGUGGAGAGCUGUAAACCUUUGUAUUAUAAUUUAUACCUUAACCUAAGUUACCCACACAAAAAAUAAACACAACCCAUCACACACACACAC